CGAUCGUCUUCAAUGGAGGUGAUUCACUCAUGGUCUUGUCCAAGAUCACUCAGCACCGCUCUCAUGUACUCCUUUGCCCAGAGAGAUGACAUCGAAGUGCUGGACGAGCCAUUAAACGCUUCGUUCCUUAAAGCUACAAGUGCUGAUAGGCCAUACAGAGAUGAGAUUUUCGCUAGCAUGGAAAUUGAUGGACAUAAAGUGGUGAAAGACUUCAUUUAUGGUCCAGGAAAGAAGAAAUAUAGGUUUUAUUAUGUGUGUGAUUUUUUAUUGGCAAAACAUCGUAUUCUUGGCUUGCCAAGUGAACUAAUGAGUAAAGGAAAGCACUUUAUCUUGAUAGGUAAUACGGUUCACAUAUUGCCUUCUUUUGAUAAGGUAAUCCCAUUAUCAUUUCUCGACAUGGGAUUGGCAGACUUAGUUUCAAUAUACAGCGAUCUCUGCCAGAUGGGAACACCACCACCAGUCAUCGAUGCAGAUGACCUUCAGCGAAAUCCCGAGGCUACGCUACGUGGUCUUUGUCAUGACUUGGAUAUCCCGUUUCAAGCCUCUAUGCUUAAAUGGGAGGCUGGGCCCAUACGAGAAGAUGGAGUAUGGGCUUCAUGGUGGUACAAAACUGUUCACGAAUCAACUGGUUUUUCGUCUCCGAGGAAAUACCCUCGUACAUUCAAUAUGAGGCAUUACGAUUUGCUGGAGCAUUGUUUACCGCUAUACAACACUCUCAGGCGUCACGUGAAGGGCAAGUCAUCUCUCUUGGCCAGCCCCUUAGCUCCUCCCAGUCUUCCAGUUCCUGAAAAUGCUAAGCUUUUUGCUUGGGUUGGUGAUGAGAUUUUGCCACGUGAGAUGGCCAAGGUUUCCGUUUUUGACUCCGUGGUGCAAGGCGGUGACUCUGUAUGGGAAGGUCUUAGAAUCUACAAAGGCAAAGUAUUCAAGCUUGAAGAACAUCUAGAGCGGCUGUUUGAUUCAGCAAAGGCUCUAGCUUUCAACAAUGUCCCAACCCGCGAUGAGGUAAAAGCAGCCAUCUUCAAAACUCUCAUAACCAAUGGGAUGUUUGACAAUACACAUAUAAGACUGUCUCUAACCCGAGGCAAAAAGGUCACUUCUGGAAUGAACCCUGCGUUUAACCGUUAUGGAUGCACAUUGAUCGUCCUUGCUGAGUGGAAGCCUCCAGUAUAUGACAACGAUAAUGGAAUUGUGCUGGUGACUGCAACUACACGUCGCAACUCUCCCACCAAUUUAGAUUCCAAGAUUCAUCACAACAAUCUCCUCAAUAACAUACUCGCAAAGGUUGAAAGCAACAACGCUAAUGUCGAUGAUGCAAUCAUGCUUGACAAGGAUGGCUUUGUGUCUGAAACCAAUGCAACCAACCUUUUCAUGGUGAAGAAUGGCGUAGUUCUCACUCCCCAUGCAGAUUACUGUCUCCCAGGGAUUACCCGAGCUACUGUCAUGGAACUGGUGGUGAAAGAGAACUUCAUCCUGGAAGAACGAAACAUCAGCUUGUCGGAAUUUCCCUUGGUAUUUCAGGUUUGGACUACAAUGGGAGAACUCAGCCCGGUUGUGAAAAUUGAUGGUCGUGUGAUCGGUGAAGGAGAAGUAGGACCGGUUACAAGAAAACUGCAAAGUGCUUACAAGAAACUGACCGAUGAUUCGGGUGUCCCGAUACCUACUUACCAAAAACUUUGAACCAUGUUCAAAGAACGAUGGCACAUGAUGGUUUGGGCCAAUGU